CACCAACAUCCUCCCCCUCAAUCCUCUUGCAUACCUUCAUAAGCCGGCCUCUCUAGGUGCAUUGGACGUAUCCGCCCCGUACCCCCCCCACACUAAAUUCCACGAAUCCGCAAAUCAUGGCCUCUUUUUUCGCAAACGUUCGCCAAGGAUUGGCUGGUCGAUCCAACAAGGGCCAACAGCAGCAGGGCAAAGGUGGCUCCGCGUCGCCAACCACUCCAUACUCGGCUUCACCAACAAACCAACAACCUCCAGGCCAACCGCCUAUGCCCCAUUCUCCCGCUCUAUCCUCUGCCAUGUCGUUCGAAAGCCAAGGUGCUCCGUCGGAUGGGUCCGUGCCGUCUGGCUCCCGUAGACCGCCUUUCUUCUUCCGCGAAGAGUACUCCAACUUGAUCGUCAAGGGUAACUUUAUGACUUUGGCUGCGAAGCCGAAGCUAGUCGAAGAGGGCGAAUGGCUCGCACAUCAAGUUGUCGAGCAGUACAGGCUACUCGAGCAAAUGAUUGAAAUCAUCAAAGUUACAGACGACCGGACAGGCAAGCCUGUCUGCAACCCAGAUACCUGCCCUACCAUGUCUGCCAGCGGCCACACAUACACCUGGCUGGACAACAACAAGAAGCCCAUCAAGAUCCCCGCAAUCCAGUACAUCAACCUCGUACAAAAGUGGAUCGUGGGCAAGAUCAACGACCCAAACAUCUUCCCCACAGACACCACAGCCAUCUCUAUCGGAGCAUCAACCUACGCUUCUGGUUCCAUGACACCAACCUCAACGCCACAGCCUCUCGGACCCACCAGUUCCAAUGCCCCAAUGUCCCAACUCGCCGGGCGCGAGUGGCUCGGCAAGUCAUCCGGCUUCCCCGAGACUUUUGAAGGCGACAUCAAGAGUAUCUACCGCCAGAUGAUGCGAUGCUAUGCACACAUCUACCACGGCCACUGGCUGGACCCCUUCUGGAACGUGAGUGCGUACAAAGAGCUCAACACUUGCUUCAUCCAUUUCAUCAACGUCGGCAAGCUGUUCAAUUUGAUCGGCGACAAGGAAAUCGAGCCCAUGCAGCCGCUGGUCGACCUCUGGGCCGAGAAGGGUCUGCUUCCGCCAAUCACGGCAGCCAAGGAGUCAGGUGGGCAGCAGGCUGCACCCGCGUCUUGAGCAACGAAGAGUAUUCCACUUGAGUAACGAACGGCGGCGCCAUUUGAUAUGGAACACCACAUCAGCAAGCUAUCAACAUUUAUCGCCUUGCAUGGGUAGCGUGAGGGGUCUGGGAGAGGAUGAUUGGCGUUCUGGCAUGUAUUACGAUUUGCGCAAUGUAGCCCUACAUGUGAAUACGGCAAUGAAUAGUUCUGAACAACUUCUUGAGUCACGCCAUGCACAUGCAGUCAAAACAGCAGGUA